AUGCCUCAACCGUACCUCUUGUGGGUCAAUUCCCGCCCGAAGCCAGAGUCGGGGGUCGACGACGACCUCUGGGUGAAAUGGUACACGGAAGAACAUGUCCCCGAUCUAGUCAACACCAAGACGGCCGUGCGAGCGGCCAUGUACAGAGAGACGUUUGACUUUCCGCUCGCCUCCAAAGAGCACCACCCGCGCAAAUACCUCGUCCUGUACCAAACUGAUCUCGAGGAACCGUUGAGGUCCAAGGAAUAUCUGGACGGUGUGCGGCACUCCAGCGGGCUCUGGACGGCCAAUAAACCCACCUCGGAGGUCGGGGACUUUCAUGCCCGGAAUUACAAGUUGAUCCAAGAUUAUGACCCGGACGGUCGGGGUGAGAUUGCUCCUCGGUUUUGCGUGACGGUCGAGAUGGAUCCCGUGGACGAGGCCGACUUUCACAAAUGGUAUCAGGACGAACACCUCGACAUGCUGCACAAGUUGCCUGGCUAUCGUCGGUCGUCGAGGUAUGUCAUUGGGCCACAGACCGCUCUGAUGGACGGAGAGCCCCCGAAGUACUUGGCCAUUCAUGAACUCGAUGGGUUGGCCGGGAUGGACAGUAAGGAGCUUCAUGCUGCCAAUAGCACGCCCUGGACGGUCAAGCACGUCAAUGACAGCAAGGUGUUUAUCGCGAGAGCCUGGGAAUUGCUUUACUCCCAGGGGUUCUGA